AUGGACCCCCUUGAGAAGCCGAUGAAGACUGUGGAAAUAGGAACAGGUGCAUGUGAGAUGUCCUGUGAGCUGCUGGGUGGUUUCAAGAUGAAACAUAGCUCCCCACACCCCACCCCACCCGCCGCCACACUGCUGUCCAAGGUGGAGAGGUGUGAAUUUCUAUGGGUCCGCAAGACUUCAGUUUUACUCUUAGUACUUGGCAUUGUGUUUUUGUGGAUAAGUGUGUGGUUCACCUCCAAACAGGGACCCCCUCAUUUUGCUCUGGCUGACCAGCCACUGAAGCUUCUGCCCGAGGAACGUCUCAGGAAACUCUUUACUUACGAUGAUCUCUGGCUGUUCCCGAAGAACCAGUGCAAAUGUGAAGCCCCCCAAAUGCAGGGAAGCUAUAACUUUCAGGAUGCCUAUGGCCAGAGUGAACUCCCUGCGGUGAAAGCGAGGAGGCGCGCUGAAUUCGAACACUUUCAGAGGAGAGAAGGGCUGCCCCGCUCACCGCCGCUGCUGGCUCAGCCCAACCUCCCCUUUGGGUACCCGGUCCAUGGGGUAGAGGUGAUGCCCCUGCACACAGUUCCCAUCCCAGGUCUCCAGUUUGAAGGACAAGACGCCCCCUCCUAUAAGGUCACCCUGACAGCUUCUCUGGGGACACUGAACACCCUUGCUGACAUCCCGGACAGCGUGGUGCAGGGCAGAGGCCAGAAGCAACUGACCAUCUCGACCAGUAACCGGAAGCUUUUGAAUUUCGCCCUCCAGCACGUGACAUACAGCAGCACGGUGUACCAGCUGCACAGGGUGGAUGUGGUGAGUCUGGAGUCCAAGUCCUCAGUGGCAAGAUUUCCAGUGAUCAUCCGCCAUCCUGUCAUCCCCAAGUUAUAUGACCCUGGACCAGAGAGGAAGCUCAGAGACCUGGUGACCAUCGCCACCAAAACUUUCCUCCGUCCCCAUAAGCUCAUGGCCAUGCUCCAGAGUAUUCGGAAGUUCUACCCAGACUUGACUGUGAUCGUGGCUGAUGACAGCAAAGAGCCCUUGCAGAUUAAGGACAACCAUGUGGAGUAUUACAUCAUGCCCUUUGGGAAGGGCUGGUUUGCCGGUAGGAACCUGGCCAUCUCUCAGGUCACCACCAAAUACGUCCUCUGGGUGGACGAUGAUUUCCUCUUCAACAACAAGACCAAGAUCGAGGUGCUGGUGGAUGUCCUAGAGAAAACGGAAGUGGACGUGGUAGGUGGCAGUGUGCUUGGAAAUGUGUUCCAGUUUAAGCUGUUGCUGGAGAAGAGUCCGAAUGGGGACUGCCUUCACCGGAGGCCAGGCUCUUUCAGACCCCUGGAUGGCUUCCCCGGCUGUGUGGUGACCAGUGGCGUGGCCAACUUCUUCCUGGCCCACACGGAGCAGCUCCAGAGAGUUGGCUUCGAUCCCCGCCUGCGGCGAGUGGCUCACUCAGAGUUCUUUAUUGAUGGGCUCGGGAGCCUGCUCGUGGGGUCAUGCCCAGAAGUGAUUAUAGGUCACCAGGCCCAUUCUCCAGAGACGGACCUAGAGCUGGCCAAGCUGGAGAAGGCCUACAACACAUUCCGGACCAACACCAACGACCAGAUCCAGUUCAAGCUUGCUCUCCACUACUUCAAGAACCAUCUCCAAUGUUGCGAAGAGCCACCGCCGCACCAAGUCGGGGGUGGGGCCCCCGCGGAGAAGGACGCGGAAGCGCCGCGCGCUCGGAAUCGCGGCCCCGCGCGCGCGCGCGCCGGCGCUUUGAACCGCCGUCCCGCCAAAUAUGAGUCCGCCUUCCCCCCCGCUGGGCCACCGCGGCCCUGGCACACUGCUUCCCGGGGCGCGCGUCAGGACCCCGGAGGAGAGCAGGAAGAGCGGCGGCAACGGAUGACACCGCGGGACUCGCAACGUCGGGGGCCGCGGAAGCCCCUGUUGCUCCGCUUCCGCCCGCCCGAGCGGCCUCGGGCCCAGAGCCCAGGGCCCAGGGCCCAGUGCCGGGAGACCCCGGCGUCCGCCGCCGCCCUCGGCCGGCGGCGCCGCGCGCCACGUGGCUUGAGAAGCCUCCCGGCCGACUAA